GCACGGACUAAUCUGGAAACUCCGGACUGCUUUGCAAAACCGAAGCAGGUUCUCGAGAGGGCGUUGCGUGUCUUUACAUCCGAGGGAUUCCUACCCAGCCUGUCAGCAAAAUUCCCAGGGCAGCUUUGCAACAUUUAAACACACAAUAAAGCAACAUUCCAAACGUGCGGCGCAUCUUGCACGCAUCUUGCGCGAGGCACCCGUUGCUUGCAGCGUCUACAAAGAAGUGAUUCCAGGCAAGGAUCCCGCGCAGCGCAGCCCUCGGCGCCUCCACCCGGAAGCAAGCUCGGGGAGCCUCGGCGUCGCGCGGCAAGCCAGCCCGUCGCCUGGCAACGGGGGACGCCGGAGAGGGAGGGAUGCUCGGCCAUGGCGGGUCCCGGCGCCGCCUCCGCCGCCUUCUGGGAGCACCUCCGCCGGCUGUGCCUGGACCAGUUUCCCUGCGGGAUCGGGAGCUGGAAUAAGUCCCGUUUCCCACCGAGGAAGGCCACAGUUUCCCCCAGAUGGGCUUUGCCAAAGGCCAGAGCUUCCCCUCGCGAUGGGUUCCUGCCGCCAGAGGAGGAAAGUGUGGAAUCACUCACCGACUACCUGAGAAGCCUGGGCUCUCCGUGGGCCCUGCCUGCUGACUGCAGCCCUGAGGACCAGCAGCUGAGGGAGCUGGCUGUGCAGGCUCCAAGAGACAUCCAGGACAGCUUAAUCUUCUCCUACUUCAAAUCGCUCAGGAUUGUGAACAAAAACGUGAUUGAAAUUGAUGCUGAUUUGUUAAAGUUCCCAAACCUGGAAGAGCUAAUCCUGAGUGCAAAUCACAUCAGCAAGAUCAACUCCAGCAACCUCCCUCCAACCCUAAAGGUCCUAGAACUUUGUGGCAACGAAGUGGAUGGUCUGAAGGACUUGUGUGCCCACCCGCCUCCUGAACUCCAGCAUCUCGGCCUCGGCCACAACUGCCAGCUCGGUUCGUCCGAAGAACAGUAUCUCACAGACACUUACUGGCCGAAACUCGUCUCCCUCGACUUGAGCUACAACAAUUUCACCAACUUACUGAGCCUCCUCUUGAAGCUUUUGACGAUGAAGAAACUGCGGGUCCUGGUGCUUCAGGGAAACCCACUCGCCCUGCUGCCUGGCUACAGGGGGUUUGUCAUCGAUAGCCUGCCAAAACUCUGCACGCUUGACGAUGUGAUCAUCACACCUGACGAGAGACACGACUUCUUAGAGCUGUCUAGCAAUCCGGAGCUCUUAAAGUGCUACACUAAAAUGGUCGUGGUCAUUGGCAAAGUCAGGGGCGUCCCUAAUCCCAUUGGCUCAGAGGAACCAGAGACUGGACCUGAGGCUCCAAUAAUCACCUACAAUUACUACGUGACGUAUGAAUUUGCCAAAGAUGAGAAAAUUGAGGAGGAAGAAACAGACAAGUGUGUCUUAGCAGUAUCAACUACAUUGAAUGUUGAAAACGCACAAGGAGGAGUGGAAGGAGGGGGAAGCAAUGAGCCCGCACCUGUGGACUCUUCAAUCAAAUCUCCUACUGAGCCUGGAAAUGUUUAUUCCACCCCUCGAAAGCCCUGGGCUGAGGUCAUAGACUGUGACCACACGAAGGAGCAUGUCACCAGAGAUAUGGUUGCUCUGAAGGCCUAUCUUCUCGCCGGAACCACGGUGACAGUUGUGGAGGAAAAGGUUGUCUCGUGGCCCGUCGUUCUCACCCCAAAUGAAAGCCCAACCAAAAAAGGCAAAGAUAAGGGGAAGGCAGAGAAAGGGAAGGGAAAGGGGAAAGGGAAGGAGAAGGAGAAGGAGAAGGAGAAGGAGAAGAAGGCAGAGAAAGGGAAGAAGGACAAAGGCAAAGAGGAGAAGGGGAAAGCAAAGGAUGCUGGAAAGGGCGGGAAGAAAAAGAAAUCUCCUUCUCCUGAGCUACGAAGUGACCCUCCCAUCGUGAAGGUCCUGGGCUCAGGCCAUGUCAAUCUGGAAAGCCUUCUGGCAGGAGAGCCUCUCGUGGAGACCGUGUGCGACUUUGGCAUUCUGAUAACGGAGUCAACUAGUAAGCCCCCGUCUCCGAAAGAAAAGGAUAGUAAAAAGGGUGCUAAAAAGGACAAAAAAGCCAAAGCUGCAGCUGCCGAGAGCGCAGCGUCAAAGAAGGCCACCACACCUGUCAAAGGAAAGGGGAAAAAGAAGGACUCUCCAGACGGGGCAGAUAUCCUUCAGAGCCAGCCAGUACCGCUGACGGUGGAAUUCCAAAUGCAACAUGUGAAAUGGAAUUCAGCUUCACAAAUCCUUUUACAUUACAACAUGUCAGAGUAAUUGUUUUGUGGGGAGCAGAGGUUGUGCUUUUAAAAAAGCUUCAAGGGUGAGGGAUGUGGAUUCUCAAGAGCUAUGUCUACCUGCUGUGGGAAGCUGAGGUUGUAAGGGCAGGCAGUCGCAGCAAAGGAUGAGCCUUUAUAACACACAUCUGCAUCUUUGGCCUGACCUCAGAAGUUUGACCAUUUGGCUCAUCCUGGAUGCAGGGAGCAUCACUUUCCUGUGGAACACUGAAGACCUGGUGCCUUUGGGCAGAGGGCAGCGUGGCAGAAUUGAUUUAUUUGCAAAUGUUCCGAGGUCCAGAUGCAGAACUGUCCAAAGGCAGAGUCGGCACAGGUUCCCCAUCCCUCCGAAAGGUUCUGAAUAGACAAGAGUCCCCCACCCAUAAGCCUUUCUGCUUCCAAAAUCCAAGAUCAGCAUUAGUGGCCAAAUCCUGCCCACCCCCUUUCCCCAAAAUAAGAGACAAUAAAUUUGAUGGGACCAUUGGCUUAAAGAGAAUGUACCAACAGUAUGUCGUCUGUCUUUGAUUUUCAGUUUAGCCUCUAAACUUUUGUAAGGAUCAAGGGAAUAAAAUCUUUAACCAUCUAUCAGCAGCCAAUAUAUGCUCUUGUCUUACUGUGUGGAAAGUUUAAAACCUGCAAAUAUGGACACCCGAAAGCCUACGUAAAUGCAUGUGUGCUCUCUGUUCUUUAUUUGUGCCUGAUAAUUGACACCCCAAAGCCUGCAAAAGCUUUACUCAACAAUAGCUCAACAAUUUUGUCUUCAGCAUCUAGUACAUUUCCCACACCAGCAAAUUGCAUCAUUGUGACUUUUGGGACUACUCUGGACAUGCCAUCUGGCUAGCAAGUUUAAUAGAGGAUCUUUGGUUUGGUGAAAUAUGUUCUAUUCACCAACCUGGAUUAUUAGUUCCAUUUAUCACAAAGCAAGUUUUUUAGACCUCAUGGUUUCAGAGAUGCUCAGAAGAAAACUGAAUAGCACUUGUGAUAGUUGAGAUAGAGCUUCUGUUUACUUACCUCUCCUACUGCACCCUGCCUCUCAUGUAUUCUGCAGUUUGUGAAAAGUCUCAACAGCCCACCUGGGGUUUAUAAUAAAUGUUAACUAGGAAUGUU